AUGCAACAACGUCCUACUCUUCUACGUCUUCAGCUCAAGGCAAGUAAAAUUUCUUUGUUGGCCAGUUACUUCCCGUUUACUUACCUAACGAAACAUCAUCGGACGAGUCAUAACCUCUACUUGAUGCUUCUCGCAUUUUUUGACAUAUUUGUCAGUACAGCAUAUAUAUUGCUGAUGUCUGUUAAUAUCCUAAUAGAUUACUUGGUUUCAGCCACGCUUAUGCAAAUAUGGUAUUCUUACAUGGUUCCAAUGAUUACGAUCUCACAUGUGGCGAUGACGUCAUCGUCAUUCUUGAUAGUAUGUGCGUCAUUUGAACGCUAUUGCCUAACAGUAAAGUCUCCAAAACUACCAUUUGCUCAGAGAAAUCGUAAAUACAUAGCUGCUUUUGCGAUAUUACUAGGAGUGAUCAGCAAAGGAACCAUAUGCUUAGAAUAUAAGUUUUAUGAUAUACCUGAAUGUGAA